GUGUGACAGCCUGUAUAGACAGAUUUAGACAUAACAGAUGUCCUCAGACGAAGAAGAGCCAACCAGCCCUGUUCUGCCCAAGGACUCAGAUCAAGGCAGCUCUGUGUCCUCUGAGCUUCAGGACGAGUAUGAGGAGCUCCUCCGCUAUGCUGUGGUCGCCCCUAAGCUUGACACACUCACCAGUGCUUACUUGCAGCGGUUGAGCACCUCACAUCUGUUUGCAGAGGGCCGGAGUUCCCAGAGAAAAGAUGAAACAAAAUCAAAGCGCCCAGCAGAUGCUGCCACUGAAGCUAAAGAUGGGAGGCAUUCUAGCAGGAGUGUGAGAUCAUCACAGGCCUCCCCCUUGAUUGUUGAGCCCACCACACACUCAAGAGCCUCUCAUGUUGAGGAGGUGGCAGGUCGGGCAUCUGGCAGGGCGUCAGUGCUCUCAGACAGGUUGCAGCCGGCGUCUGAGAGGUCUAGGCCAAACAGCCCAGACCCCCUGGAGUCCGCUGUCGCAGAGAUGUUUAUUUCAGAGAAGAACAUAAGCAAGAUGGAGAAUAUUCUGGACACGUGGAGCAACAGUCUAAAGUCAAAUGUGCUGGUGGAGCUACGGAAGUGGAAGCUGGCCUUUGUGGAGCAACACAAGCUGGAGAUGAGGAAAGAGAAGGAGAGGUAUGCAGCCCAGACAGCUGGCCUGAAGUCAGAGCUAGACAGCCUGAAGGGGCUGCUACACACCUAUGAGACUUCCAACCACAGAAAAGAUGAGGUGAUAGUGAACCUGAGCCAGGUGUUGGAUAGGCAAAAAGAAAAGCUUGAAAAGAUGAAGGCCUUCACCCACUGGAGGCUUCAGCACACUGAGGCCAAAGAAGAGGCUCAUGCUGCUCAGGUAGCACAGCAGCACUACAAUCUGCAGCUGAAGAAGAAGGUGUGGUUAGGCUGGCACUCUCUGGUCCAAAAACACUGGAAGGUCAAGGUGGAGCGGGCUUGCCGUGCAAGGGCUGAAGAGGUCUGUGCAAACCUGUCCACAGAGUAUGAGGCCAAGCUGGCAGAGCAUUGUGAGGCUAUAGAGAAGGCUCAGGCGGAGAUUCAGAGACUACGACUAGAGCGAGAGCGCUAUGAGGAAUCCAUGAAGAAAGCCUUCAUGAGGGGCGUAUGUGCUCUCAACAUGGAGGCUCUCAGCAUGUUUCACACUGCGGAGGGACGGCCGGAGCAAACUCCAGUUCAUGAUCAGCAUGAUCCUCUGCCUGCCCAGGAUGAGCCUAGCACUGCUACAAUGGCUCAACUUCAACCGUAUCCUAUCUCUUCCACACGGUUCAGCCCGGUCCACUUUGACGGCCCAGACCCUCCCUCCCACAGUGAAGCAGAGGAUGUGGUGGGCUCUGGUGCCUCCGUGUCCAGGGCAGAAGUACUCCCUCCCACGACGGUAGUGCACAGCUCACUCCCACUUGGGGGCAUUGCAAGUUCCAACAAACAGCUCACUGGUCGUGCCGUCACAGCCAGUCAACAAAAACCCUCAAAGACUGUAACUGCUCGUGUCACAGCACGACCUGAUGUGGGUAAGGCUGCACGCAGCAACCUCCAGGUGAUGGGUGUGGCUCCACCCAUGAGCUCUGUGAUAAUUGAACGCCAUCAUCCUGUUACACAGCUCACCCUCGGUCAGGCCACGGCUGCUAAAUAUCCUCGUUCCUCCCAACAAGGCCACAGCUCCACCGGAGGCAGAGGCUCUUCCAAAACACACACCAGCACGUGCCAUGUACACUCCAUCAAAGUAGUUGACUGACCACACAC